CAUUUUAUUCUAUGUCGACGACAGUGUUCCUUAUCGUGGCGGUUCGACAGAAAAGGUGAACUCUGAUUUUGUCUUUGAGAAAACAGGUGUCCGGUGACAUUCCGCGGUAUCUUCCGUGCUACUUGGUGUUGUCCGAAAAUUCUCACGAGAUAUGACAAGUAGAGAAAGCGUUGUACGUGUGCGUGUGGGAUAGAAUACACCGUUUAUGGUGACGACGAGCUUGUGGCCCGGUAAUUAUAUUCCACGCGAUAAUACUUCGUACGUCACGUCACGUAGCAACGAGAUCGAAUGUCGUGAACGUUUUUCUCUCUGUCGCAUUCUGCCAAAUUGUUAAUUAAAUGUCUCAAAUUACGGUUACAUCAAGUGGGAUGGAACGCAGUAUCCAUGAGAUGUUAAAAGAUGCACCUUCCUUGAACGAGAGUGACAAUGCUGUACAUACUGGAACUCCUCCACCUCAUGUGCCGAAUAAUUGUAGCUCUGACAGCCAUCCAAGACCAGCCACUAUAAAUUUGAACUUAGGAAGUCCUACAUCGCAGAAUUUAAAAGAUAUCUGUGGUUUGGCAGCUGUAGCAGUAUCUCCAAGUACACCUGUUCAAAAUGGUGAUACGCAAACAAUGCGUACUACCCAGAGCAAAAUUGAGAGUAUCAAGAAUUGGAGUAUCUCCACAUAUAAAUGUACUAAACAGUUAAUGUAUGAGAGAUUAGGGAAAACAUCACGUACUGUAGAUUUUGAACUGGAAACACAGAUUGAACUGCUCAGAGACACUCAGAGAAAAUAUUGCAAUGUUCUAAGAUUAUCACGAGCAUUGGCAUCGCACUUUCAUCACGUUGUGCAGACACAACAUGCCCUCGGAGAAGCAUUUUCUGAACUGGCGCAGAAAUCACCUGAGCUUCAAGAGGAAUUUCUGUAUAAUUCAGAAACACAGAGGAAUUUGACAAAAAAUGGCGAGACACUUUUAGGGGCCUUAAAUUUCUUUGUUUCCUCUGUGAAUACGUUAUGUAAUAAAACGAUCGAAGAUACUCUACUUACAGUGAGACAAUAUGAAACUGCGAGGAUAGAAUAUGAUGCAUAUAGAACAGAUCUAGAAGCUCUUGUGCAAGCCACAAAAUCAGACGGUAAUAACGCGGCGAGAUUAGAAGAAGCACAAGCUAAUUACGAAGGACACAAGCAAAAUUUCGAAAAACUGCGUUCGGACGUUUCCAUCAAAUUGAAAUUCUUAGAUGAGAAUAGGAUUAAAGUAAUGCAUAAGCAGUUGUUGUUAUUCCAUAAUGCUGUAUCCGCCUACUUCUCUGGAAACCAAACUGCAUUGGAAGCGACUCUCAAACAAUUCAAUAUCAAAGUGAAAUCACCGAAUUCGACUUUACCAUCAUGGCUGGAGCAAUAAUUCAAUUAGACCAAACACUUUAUCGUCUACUACAAAGAAUGUGAAUAACAAGUGCGUUCGUCCACACCAAGUGGAUUCCGUUACGAAGCGUGGUAAAUAAAUGUAGAACAGUUAUCAAAAAAUACACAAACUUACCGGUAUGUGCUUGAGAGCUGCCAUUUUAGUCUGACACUUUAGUUGAGCUAGAGUGAAAAAUCGUGAGUUUCAUGGUGUAUAAACAGACUGAACUCAAAUUACAAACUAUCUAUGUAUUGAUCAUUAUAAAUAUAUACCUUCGAGACGCGUAAAUUGUGUAUCAUAUAAAAUUAACAAUUAUUUUAAAAGAAUUGCGUGAUGGUAACAGAAUCUUUAAAUAACUUAGUCAACCUUUUGAAAAUUAAUUUUCAAUACUUAAAUACUUGAAAAAGAGAAAGAAAGGCAGGAAGAAAAGGAAAGAGAGAGA